AUGCCGUAUGUGUGCGAGCGGCGACAGGAAGCCGUGGUGUUGCAUCCGGGCUCGCACACCCUCAAGCUGGGUAUGGCCACUGACGACCUGCCCGUUGUGAUGCCGCAUCUCGUGGCUCGUCGAGUCUACGACGGGGAGGGAACUGCCGUGCAGGAGCUCGACCAGGAAAGCGAGGAGAGGCAGGCGGCGCUGGAAGCAGCCCGGAGAGCUGGACUGGGGGCAGUGAUGGGCGAGGUGCCCCUCAAGCGCAAGUCCCUGGUGGAAGACGUGGAGCGCUUCAACGCGCACAACUGUACCGAGACGGUGACCUGGGCCGACGACUUUGUCUGGACCCCCACUGACCACCAGCCGUCCUUUCUUGUGGGCGCCGACGCACAAAAGGUGGGCCGGGGCCGCGGGUAUCGCCUGCAGCGGCCGAUCGUACGCGGCCGGUUCAACAUCCAAGAGGGCUACACGAUGCGGAUGGUGCUGGACGACCUGCACACGAUCUGGCAGCACGCGCUCAUCCACGAGCUUGGCCUCACACCCUCUGCGCAGAAGCGGGACUUCUCGCAGUACGUGGCAGUCCUGAUCGUGGCUGAUCUCUUCGAUCGGCGCGAAGUGCGCGAGAUGCUCAACAUGCUGGUCCGCGAGAUGGGGUUCGCGGGCGUCAUGGUGCUCCAGGAGUCCGUGUGCACCUCUUUCGGAUACGGGCUGGCGUCAGCGUGUGUCGUGGACGUGGGCGACCAGAAGACGACCGUCACGUGUGUCGACGAGGGCGCAUGCCUCCCCGAUUCCCGCGUCGCGCUCGACUACGGCGGCAGAGAUAUCGCCGACUGGCUGCUGUGGGUGGUGAAGCACUGGGGCCGCCACCACUUUCCCUACCGCGGGGCGAGCGUGGAGGACCCCCUCGACGAGAUGUUCCUCCACGACCUCAAGAAAGAGUGCUGCCACCUCCACAAGGCACGCACAGCUAACGAACGCACACGGCACACACGGCACACGGACCCUCCUGCCGCUCAUAUGUGGACGCGCGUGGAUCCGCAGGAUGAGCAAACGACGCAGAUUUUUUCGUUCUACGAGCGGCAACCGGGGCAGCGCACGCUGCUUCACCACAUCAACAUCAAUCAGGAGCUCAUCUUUGCGCCCUUGGGUCUCUUCCACCCCGACGUGCUCGCACUCCCCACCCCCCGCGGGACCAUGCAAGCCCUCAUCGCACCCUUGGCCGAUGCCUCCGUCAACGACGACAUCCUGCCCGAUCUAUCGGCCUCCACCGCCUCGUCCAAGAGCCAGCCGCGAUCGGGCCACGCCAAGGGUACGCUCUGGCUCUGCUUCGGUCUGACAUCAUCCUCGGGAUACCAACCUGGGACGGACACUGGCACCACAGGCCCAGCGUCCGAGGGAGCACCGGCCAAGGCAGCAGCAGCCGACCGAGCGUUGGAAACGGACACGCCGGCCCUGCUGGCCCUCCACGACGCCGUGAUCGCCUCUCUUGCUUCCAUCCCCAGCGCCAAGCGAGAGCAAAAGAAGAGGCUGUGUUCGGCUGUGAUCCUCGCCGGAGGCUCCAGCCAAUUUCCGGGUCUGCGGGAGGUCCUUGAAAGCAAGUACGCCACGCUCCAUCUCCUCCUCCAGGCGGCGGCUGCUGCUGCUGCGGCUGACAACUUGCUGGGCAUUUAUGAUCCCAAUCACAGGAUCAACGAGGCGGUACCGAGUAGCUGGGCGCAAGAGGACAACGUCGGGGAGGGCGGAAGAGCCGAGGUAAGCCCGGCCCGGCGUGGAAGCAGCAGCACGGCGGCCUGCGGUCCAGCCGUGGAGGUGUUGGCCAGCAGGCGCAAGGACAUGGAGCUCGACUCGCGCUUCCUGAGCUGGAAGGGCGGGGCCAUCGCCGCCUGCCUCGAAGCCACCCGCGAGCUGUGGAUCACCGCCGCACAGUGGUGCACCCACGGGGAGCGCCACCUGCGCGAACGGGCGGCGUUCUCCUGGUGA